AGAGCAGUGGCAGCGAUGCCGGCGCAGGGGGGCACGGGCCUGCCUGGGGAGCGCGCUGCAGGCCGGGCCGGCGGCCGUAAGAGCUGCCCCAGCCCCGGGGACCCCAUUCCCAGCCUGAGGCGGGGGCUGCGUUGGGGCCGCUCACGUGCUCCUCCCCACAGGGCACUCUACACGUAUGAGGACGACUCUGAUGAGCUGAAGCUGGCAGCAUCUGGAGGUGGUGGCCUGCUGGAGCUCUCCAGCCACUUCGAGAUCCAGAAGGUGAUGUACGGCUUCUGCAGCGUGAAGGAUCCCCAGGCCGCGCUGCCCAAAUACGUCCUUGUCAACUGGGUGGGCGAAGACGUGCCUGAUGCCCGCAAGUGCGCCUGCGCCAGCCACGUAGCCAAGAUCGCGGAGUUCUUCCAGGGCGUGGAUGUAAUUGUCAACGCCAGCAGCGUGGAGGACAUCGACCCAGGGGCCAUCGGGCAGCGGCUCUCCAACGGCCUGGCCCGCAUCUCCAGCCCCGUGCUGCACCGCCUGCGGCUGCGCGAGGACGAGAACACCGAGCCUGUGGGAACCACCUACCAGAAGACAGACGCGACGGUGGAGAUGAAGCGCAUCAACCGGGAGCAGUUCUGGGAGCAGGCCAAGAAGGAGGAGGAGCUGCGCAAGGAGGAAGAGCGGAAGAAGGCGCUGGACGCGCGGCUGCGCUUCGAGCAGGAGCGCAUGGAGCAGGAGCGGCUGCAGCAGGAGGAGCGGGAGCGGCGCUACCGGGAGCGCGAGGAGCAGAUCGAGGAGCACAGGCGGAAGCAGCAGAGCCUGGAGGCGGAGGAGGCUCGGCAGCGCCUGAAGGAGCCAUCCAUCUUCGGGGACCAGGAGGAGGAGGACGAGGAGGGGCAGCAGCUCAAGAAGUCGGAGUCGGAGGUGGAGGUGACUGCGGAGGCAGCCGCCAUCAUCGCACAGCGUCCCGACAACCCCCGCGAGUUCUUCAAGCAGCAGGAGCGCGUGGCCUCGGGCAGCCUGGACACCGUGUCCCUGCUCGGCCACAGGACAGGUCGUCUGCACUGUCCUUUCAUAAAGACGCCUGACAGUGGGCCGCCUUCCUCCUCCUCCUCCUCCUCCUCCCCCCCACGGACCCCCUUCCCCUAUAUCUCCUGCCACCGCACCCCGAACCUCUCCUCUUUCUUCCCAUGUAGCCAGUCAGACACCCACAGAAAGGCUUCAACCGGGGGCUGCAGCCCCUGCGACUCCAGCGCGGCCUCCACGCCCGUGGGCGAGCAGAUCGAGCGGGCGCUGGAUGAGGUGACCCUGCAGCCGAGGCCGCACGACGCCCCCAGCCCUGGCAGCGAGGCGGCGGCCGUGGCGCCCGAGCAGCGCUGGCCCCUCUCCAGCGAGGUGCAGCCGGCCCCGAAGGCCAAGGAGCUGCCUGGGGGCCCCGCUGCGCUGGGGGACGAGUGGACAGAGGCACUGGGGCCCGGGCUAGGCCCCGCCACUGCAGACCUGCUCGCGCUGGAGACCCAAGGGCCGGUGCUGCUCCCGCUGGGUGAGGCUGAGGCCCAGGGCCAGCCCCCGCCACCGCCCACGCCUGCACCCGAGAGCCUCCUCGAGCUGUGGCAGGACGACAGCACUGCCCCCGGCACCUGGGAGUUGCCUGGAGAGCUGGCCGCACCUGUGCCCGUGCCCGUGCCCGCGCCCGCAGAGGUGGCAGUGCCCCUGGCCGCCCCCGAGCCCCCGCUGUCGGCAGGCCCCGAGGACGGGAACCUGCUGAACUUCGACGAGCUGCCGGAGCCACCGGCCACCUUCUGCGAUGCGGAGCAGGAUGAGGAGCUGCCCAGCAUGGUUGCGCUGGAGGGGACGCACCCCAUGACGCUCAGCUACCAGCACGCGCUGCAGGAGGCUGCGGGUGGGCACCCCGACCCCCUGCCCGAGCUCAUGACCAACGGGGACAUGGCCCUGAAGGAGAGCACGCAGGCUAGCGAGGGCUACUUCAGCCAGUCGCAGGACGACGAUGUGACCCAGGCUGACGAGCCGUCGGCGAAGGCGCCGCCCCCCGUCUUCUACAACAAGCCGCCAGAGAUCGACAUCACCUGCUGGGACGCCGACCCGGUGCCCGAGGACGAGGAGAACUUUGGCGGCGGCGUCUAAGGCAGGGCCCGUGCGCCAGCCUCUGACCCACCGCCCGCAGCCCCAGCAGCGCGGGCACACGCGGAGGCCGCAGCCAGGGCCUGGCCUGGCCCGGGCCGGGCGG